CCCCAUUUCCACAGCAAUUAAUUCCCCUUCCCACUGCUGCUCUGCUUCCAAACUCACCUCUUUCUCCUUUUUCCAAUCAACCAUUCCCUUUCCACGCAUCUCCCACCCACCUCAGAGACCACGCACUUACUUAUAACACCCACUUCUUCUUCUUCUUCUAGUUCCAUUUAUAAUAACAGAUUACACAAGUCAUGAUGAUUUAUUAGAAUUAGAAUUAGAAUUAGAAUUAGCAUUUGCAUGGGGAAGCGCUCUUGCUGCUACAUGCAGAAGCUGAGGAAGGGGUUGUGGUCUCCGGAGGAGGAUGAGAAGCUCUUGAAGCACAUCACCAAGUACGGCCAUGGCUGCUGGAGCUCUGUUCCCAAGCUAGCAGGUCUUCAGAGGUGUGGAAAGAGUUGCAGAUUGAGAUGGAUUAACUAUCUGAGGCCUGAUUUGAAGAGGGGCUCAUUCUCACAGGAGGAGGAAAGCCUCAUCAUCGACCUCCAUGCAAUUCUAGGCAACAGAUGGUCGCAGAUUGCCGCGAAGUUACCGGGAAGGACAGACAACGAGAUCAAGAAUUUUUGGAAUUCGUGCCUCAAGAAGAGGCUGAGAGAGAGGGGCAUCGACCCCUCAACCCACAAGCCACUCGCCGAUAUCGAACUAGGAGGAGGAGGAGGAGGAGGAGGAGGAGAAGAGCCCGCGAGCACUGAAAAAAUCGCCUCGACCUCGUCGGAUCCAAUCCAGAUAGUUUCUGAAACAGGUCUGCUUCCUCUGAUUCAGACUCCGGCCUCGGAGAACAACUCGAUCUCGCCGACGAAAUGCUUCUUUCCUCGUCUCCGCAAUUCCUCCGCUUACAACCCCCACUGCUCGUGCCCGGAGAAUAAUCGGAAUUUUCCGCCGCCUCCCUUGUUUGAUCAGUGCUGUUGCAGCUCAGCAAUUCCGUCGACGAUGAGCGACCAUCGCGCGCCGCCGCCGCCAAAUCACAAACAUUUCCAGGGGCUCCAGUGCUUGGACGGUGAGCUUAACUUGAGUACCGACAGUGCAACUAGCGAGAAUAAUAGCGGCGGCUUUCCGUGGUCAGAGAUUUUGUUGAGCAGCAAGGAUGGCGAAGUUAACAUCGGAGGGGAUUUGGAGGACCAGAAGUGGUCGGAGUACGUAAACGGCAAUUUUCCGAUAAUGCCCGUGAGAGCUAUUAUGGAUAGCGAGAGCCAGGACGCCUUUUAUGCAGAUGUCAAAGAUGAGGGUGGCGGCGGCGGCGGCGGUCAGUUUUCUGACAACGAGCUGAGCACCUGGGCUCAGAAUCUGCAGCUCCAAUCUUCUGAUUUGUAUGGUAACGAUAUUUAGCUUCUUCUUGCUGCUGCUGCUGCUGCUGCUGCUGCUGCUGUUGUCGUCGUCGUCGUCGUCGUCGGUGUCGGUGUUGUUGAUGUUGUUGUUGUUGGCUGCACUUAAAUUGAGUUUCGGCGGAUCCUUUGUUUCAUAGACGGACUCAGAACAAUGCAUACCUAAACCGGAUGUUGGAGUCGGAGGUUCUCUGAUGCUUUCUAUGUGCGUGUAUUCCUGUGUCAUAGAUUUUUCAUUCUUCUUCUUCUUCUUAUUCUCUAAUCUUUCGUGUAUAUAAUAUAGGAGCGAACAUGCGUAGGAAGGAAAGUGAAACCAUGGUUUUGUGUACUUGAAUUGUUCUUAAAAUUGAGUAAAUCUCAUUCUGGUUCCUUUC